AUGGCAGGAGUUCACAACUCCGGCAUCCUUGAAGGCAAUAAUGAGACUGAGCCAGAUCUCUUCCUACUUACAGGUCUCUCCAGCCAGCCCCUCAUGCGAAUGGUGCUCUUUGUGGUGUUUGUCUUCCUCUACCUGAUCACCAUACUUGGGAAUGGUCUCAUUCUCUUAUUGAUCAUAGUAGAUUCCCACCUCCACACCCCCAUGUAUUUCUUCCUAGGCAAUCUUUCCUUCCUUGAUGCCUGUUAUACUUCCAGCACAAUCCCACAGAUGCUAGUCCACAGCCUUGCAGAAAAACCAACCAUCUCCAAUGCUAGAUGUUUUGCUCAGAUGUGCAUCUCCCUUUUCCUUGGGGUAACAGAAUGCAUUUUACUGGCUGUCAUGGCAUAUGACCGAUUUGUGGCAAUAUGCAGCCCACUUCACUACACUCUAAUCAUGAACAAGCGGGUAUGUUGCUGGUUGUCUGCUUCCUCGUGGGUCUUGGCUUUUCUUCUGUCCGUUGUACCAUCCUUCACCAUGAAGGUCCAACUAUGUGGCCGCAAUGUCAUCAAUCAUUUUUUGUGUGAGGUGCAGGCUGUUGUGAAACUGGCAUGCUCAGAUAUCUCAGCUAAUCUAAGCCUUGUGUCAGGAAGCAGUGUUUUCACUCUCCUAGUACCCUUUGUCUUCAUUCUGGUGACCUACAUUCGCAUUUGCCUGGCAGUGUUGAGAAUCCGCUCAGCACAGGGUUGGAGCAAAGCUCUUUCUACAUGUGGCUCCCAUCUUACAGUGGUUGGGAUGUUCUAUGGCACAGCUAUGGUCAUGUAUUUGAAGCCAUCGGACAGAUCCUCAGAGCAGGACAAAUUUGUUGCUGUCUUCUAUGUGGCCGUCACCCCCAUGUUCAAUCCUCUGAUCUACAGUUUGAGGAACAAGGAUGUGAAGGGUGCCCUGUGGAGAAUGAUGGGAAGGAAAAUGGAUUCCUAA